AUGGUCAACCCCACUGUGUUUGAUGACAUUGCUGCUGAUGGUGAGCCCUUGGACCAUGUCUCCUUCGAGCUGUAUACAGACAAAGUUCCAAAGACAGCAGAAAACUUUUGUUCUCUGAGUACUGGAGAGGAAGGAUUUGGUUAUAAACGUUCCUACUUUCACAGAAUUAUUCCAGGAUUUAUGUGCCAGGGCAGUGACUUCACACACCACAAUGGCAUUGGUGGCAAGUCCAUCCAUGGGGAGAAAUUCGAUGACAAGUACUUCAUCCUGAAGCACACAGGUCCUGGCAUCUUGUUCGUGGCAAAUCCUGGGCCAAACACAAUGGUCCCCAGUUUCUCAUCUGCACUGCCAAGAGUGUGUGUAUGGUUGGAUGGCGAGCACGUGGUCUUUGGGAAGGUGAAAGAGGGCAUGACCACCAUGGAGGCCAUGGAGCACUUCGGGUCCAGGAAUGGCAAGACCAGCAAGAAGAUCACCAGCACCAACUGUGGACAACUCUAA